AUGACUUUACUUGAAAGAGUGUUUAUUUGCUUGAGCGGGGCGGAAUUUACGUUUCGUCAGAUCCAAUUAAACACGCAGCGACGGCGAUGGGACACGAUUCACGGUUACUGCGUUCCAGGCAGCCCAGCGGGCUCCACCGCCGGUGAAACGGGCCCGCCGGUAUCCGUUCCCGCUCGGGAGGGAGGAAAUUUUCGGACCCCUCCUGUCCCCACGGAGCUUGUCGUCCGCGGCAACUCGCCGAUGAGUCGUGGCGGCUGUCACCGCCUGCGGCCAUCUCACCGAGCGCUGCCUGUGCGGCACCCACCGGGAGCCCUCAAUUCCGGGACAGGGACGGGGCGGGGCGCGGGCGGGCUCGCCCCGCCGGGACGGCCGGAGCGUCCGUCGCAUCGAUGGCUCGGCUCUCGGCGGCGCUGCCUGGGCGCCGGGCCGCACUCGGCGGUGGUUUGCUGCUGCCUGCCCUCCGCCCAGGAAGGCGCUGCGCUCAAACCGGCCCCCGCGGCCCUGCCGCUGCGCUCCGCCGCCUCGCUCCGGCCGCUCCCCCCUCAGCUAACACCGGAGGGGCCCUGCGCUGAGCCCACCCCCGGCGGAGACAAGGGGGCCAUGGGCCGCCGCUCCUCGGACACCGAGGAGGAGAGCAGGAGGAAGAAGAAGCAUCGCCGGCGCUCGUCCUCCAGCAGCUCCUCGGACAGCAGGAGCUACAGCCGCAGGAAGGCAGGGAGGAAGUCGAGGUCCAGCUCCCGCUCCCGAGAGCUGCAGUCUGGCUCACACUCCUACGAGAAGAGACGCAGGCACAGAUCUAGCAGCAGCUCUUCGUACGGCUCGAGGAGAAAACGCAGCCGGAGCCGCUCGAGGGGCAGAGGCAAAUCCUACAGGUCCCAAAGGUCACGGUCAAGAAGCAGAACAAGAAGGUCCCGCUCCCGCCCCUGCCAGCGCUCCUACAGCCGCAGCAGCGAGAGGUCUGCACACAGGAGGACUCGGAGCGGCUCCCGCGAGAGGCGCAAGGGCAAGGAGAAGGGCAAAGGCAAGGAGAAGGAGGCCCACGGCCUGAAGCAUGGGGACCCUGGCAACAUCAAAGCUGGAUUAGAACAUCUGACUCCUGCUGAACAGGCCAAGGCUCGGCUGCAGCUGGUGCUGGAGGCAGCUGCUAAAGCUGAUGAAGCAUUGAAGGCUAAAGAGAGAAGUGAAGAAGAAGCCAAGAAGAGAAAGGAAGAAGACCAAACCACCCUGGUGGAGCAAGUGAAACGAGUCAAAGAAAUUGAAGCUAUUGAAAGCGACUCCUUUGUUCCACAGACCUUCAGAUCCAGUAAAGAAGUCAGGAAGACAACAGAACCUGCUGAGCUCCAGUACGAGCCUGUGACCGUUGCAGGGGGAGCUGCUGAGCCAUCUGCUCCUGAGAAAGAGCCACCAGCAGCCAACAUCCCUACUGCCAUCAAGUACCAGGAUGAUAACUCCCUGGCACAUCCAAACCUGUUCAUGGAGAAGGCAGAAGCAGAGGAGAAGUGGUUCCAGAGGCUGGUGGCACUGCGGCAGGAGAGGCUGAUGGGCAGCCCAGUGGCCUGACCAGCUCAGCCCAGGUCUGCAGGAGUGCUGGGAGGAACCUCUGCCAUCAAACUGAUUCUUCUCCCUGGAGGGGCUUUUCCUGCUCUCUAUGAAUUGUGCAGGGCCUCGAUGCUGAUCUCAAUAAACAUGAAUGUUCUGUCCCCCA